AUGGCGUUCAGUCAUUUGGGUUUGAUUAAAGAGUUGUGUUCAGUAUGUCAGCAUAUGAAUUGGGAUUCUCCUACAAAAAUACAACUGAAAUCGAUUCCUUUCGCUCUUGAAGGAAAAGAUAUUGUUGGGAUUGCUGAAACGGGAUCUGGUAAAACAGGAGCUUUCCUUCUACCCAUAAUUCAACAUUGGAUUAAAUGUGGUCAACCAGUUGGUUUUGCAUUAAUUUUGGCUCCUACUCGUGAAUUGGCUCAACAAUUAGCCAAUGAGGCUGAACGUUUAGGACAGUGCAAAACAGAUGAGUUAGAAUUUCAUUUAGAAGUAAUUCUUCUUGUCGGUGGUGAAGAUAUGGUAGAUCAAGCGUUAAAACUUGCAUGGAGAAAACAUCAUUUCAUUGUGGCAACUCCUGGACGUUUAGUUGAUCAUUUAAAACAAUCAGUAAAUUUUGCUACACAACAAUUAUCAAAUAUUCGUCAUUUAGUAUUAGAUGAAGCUGACAGAAUGUUAAAUAUGGCUUUCGCUGAUGAUAUUGACAAAAUAUUAAAUUUAUAUGAAAAACCAAAAUCAAAAGGAAAGAAACGUAAACGAAAGACAAAACCACUGUUAGUUCAAUUAGCCGAUAAUAAUAAUAAUAAUAAUGAUAUGACUAACAAUGACAUUCAGUCAAAUAACAAACAGAUUCAGUCAAUUUCAACCAAAUAUCCUCAUCCACAAAUUUAUUUAUAUUCGGCUACAAUGACAAAAGAUGUUAUCAAACUACGUCGUGCUGCAUUAUCAUCAAAUGCUGUAUUUAUCAAUGAGAAUGAUAAUACCCUUAAUAAUAAUAAUAAUAAUCUAAUGAUGGAUAAUCAGAGUACAACAGAAUAUAAUCUUAUACAACACUCUAAUUCAUCAUUGAAAUUAAAUAAAAAUUUAAAAACUGGUUUCCCUAUUGGUUUAUCUCAUUAUUGUCUUCCUAUACGAUUGGCUGAUCGUCCUACAAUAUUAAAUUGGAUUGUAGAAAAUGUGAUACAAACAAAUGUAUUAGAGAAAUUCGGCAUUACUAGUUCUACACCAAGUCGUAAACAUCAUAUCAUGAUAUUUUGUAAAAGAUGUCAUGAAACUAUAAUGGUUUCAGAAUUUCUUCGUGAAUCUGGUCAUUCCAGUGUGGCAUUAACAGGACGUAUGAAACAAAUUGAACGUAAAGAAUCAUUAAAUAAAUUCAUUUCAAGUGAAGUAGAAGUUUUAGUUGCAACUGAUGUUGCUAGUCGGGGACUGGAUAUUCCUCAUGUUGAAUUUGUUAUCAAUUAUAAUGUACCUUUAUCGGAAAAGACCUAUCGACAUCGUGUUGGUAGAACUGCACGAGCUGGACAAACUGGUGUAGCGUUAACCCUAGUAACACGUGAUGUAGCUCAAAGUUUUUUAGAAUUAGAAGCUGCUUUACUACCUUAUCUUCCAUUAUCAAAUACCAAUAAUAAUAAUUCACCGGGAAUACCUCGUUGGCCAAUUCCACUACCGGAUUUACAUGGUCGGAAUGGACUGUUAACUCGUCGUCGUCUAGCAGAUCAAGCUUGGUCGAGAGCUUCAAAGACUAUUCGAUCCCAUCUUGAAAGUCAUCGUAAUGUAGACAAUAAUCUAAUUGAUUUAGAUCCAAUAAUGAAUGAAGAAUUAAUUGAAGCUUAUGCUAAUUCUGAUGAAGAUGAGCAUAGUAAUAUCUCUAGUUCAUCAUUGUCAAAUGAUGAGUUAAAAAUCAAUGAAAUAUCAACAAUAUCAAAUAAACACUAUCCUAUUAUCCCAUUAGAUACAUCCGGUCAAGCUGGUAUUAAUGCUGCACGUAAAACAUGGAAAUCUUUAGCUAAAAUACAUCAACUUCAACAAAAAGCAAAAGCAGAAUCAGUAGAACAACAACGUUUAACUAAAUCUAUUGGUUGGGGUGUUACUUUAACAAGAAACACACUGAAUAAUAACAAUAAUGAAUUCGAUGAUAAUGACAUAAUGGAUCGUUUCAAUAAUGAAAAUAUCAAUGAUGAUGAUGAUGGUGAUGAACAAGAGAUAACUCAUUUUGACCAACCAAUUAAAACAAAAUAUGCUAAAAUUCAAUCAAUGAAAAAAGUGAAUAAAUUGAAAUCCAAUAAAAUCAAAUGA